AUGUUAGGAGGCCUCCGGGGUGUUUCGCCGUCAUCAGAGACCAUGUCUGAAGGCACUUUAGAAAGAAAUCGAAUUGAAAGAGCCCUUAUAUCCAAGACGCCAACACAUAGUCAGCUCUUCCAAAAAAAUGUUGGUGUUAAAAAUUAUUCAGAUAAGAAUGGCAAUGAUGUGACGAAAGCCGUACAUAAAGGACGAAAGACGUUUGCAUUCUGGACGCUUGUUUGUUUAUUGUUUAUCCUCGCUAUCGGGAAUUUGAUGUUGACUUUCACCAUCCUUGCUGUGUUGAGACUUGGCCACGGUAUGGAGAGCAUGGAAUUUUUGCCUGAUCACAAUGCAAUUAAAUUUUUUGGAGACACAAACCUUGAGCACUUGCACAAGAAGGAUGGUCUGAUCGAGAGCUUCCGGGAUACUCCGAUGACUAUCACCAGUGACAAUGGAUCUGUGCUGUUCAAUUUACAGAUUAAGCCCUCUCGUUAUGAGAAUAAACUCACAGUCAAUACAUCAGGUAUUUUCGUACGGGGGGUAAAUGCCUUGGAGCUGAUCGACCCAGACUCCGGAGAAGUGGUCUUCAGCACUGCAUCUUCAGAGAUGAAUAUUCCAGAUGGUGUUAAGAAUCUUCAUGCAAGGCAAAUAUCAGUAAAACGCAUAACUGCACCAGUGGAUGAAGAUCUCAACCUUCGAACAGAGAGUUCUGCCCACCUUCGAGGAGCCGAAGGCACCCAUAUGGAGUCUAAAGAAUUAUUCUGGAGCGCUGACCAGGAUAUCUACCUAAAAUCCAUCAACGGUACUGUGGUUUUGAGUGGCAAGGAGGGUGUUUUCAUUGAUGUAAGGUAUCUGCCCAUAGCAGUGGCUUUGAAGAAGACAGAUAAGUACAGCCAGGGUACAGGACAAUUUAAAGUGUGUGUCUGUAUGCCUCAAGGAAAACUGUUCAGAAUAGCGGUGCCCACGGGGCAGAAGGUUACCUGUUCUCAUAUAAAUAUGACUGGGGAUAUGAACCCUUGUGUCUAG